AUGACGGCUCCUCAAACUCACCAGACCAUCACGGUCAAAGACCCCGCUGCUGUCCGCAAGCGCAGACGUCGUGCCCCCGCUGGUGGUGCCGCUGACGACUGCUUUGCAUGCACGAAACGCAACGUCAAGUGCGAUCGCCGCCGGCCGUACUGCUCGCAAUGUCUUGAAGUCGGCAACGAAUGCUCUGGCUACAAGACCCAGCUGACUUGGGGUGUCGGCGUUGCCAGCCGUGGCAAGCUCCGUGGUCUGUCUCUGCCUAUUGCCAAGGCACCCCCGGUGGCUCGUGAGCCCAAGAAGGCUCCCGUCGCCCGCGGCCGAUCCAACUCGACCAUGACUACAAUCUCUUCUCACUGGGACGAGCACGACGAAGUGCACCAUGCCAGCCAUCGUGGAGCCAUUGACAUCCCCGCCUCGCACUCCUCAUACUCCAACUCGGGAUACGACUACCUCUCCGUACAUCAGGAGCAUGGCCACAUGCACUCCCACUCUGUUCCUCACGGCAGCUGGAACAGCAUCGGCUACAACCCAUCCCACAUGAUUCACUCGCCAGACGCCCGAACGACGCCCAAGUUCUCCAAGUGGCCUCUGCCCAUCAUCACUGACGGCCUCUCCUCCUCGGUCGACUCUCUCAGCGAGGUGGACUACAUGUCGCCCUUGAGUCAAGGAUACUCUCGUGACGACAUGCCGCCGUUCGGACACAGCCCUACAGUUGGCUACGAUGGAUUCCCCAUUCACCACCAGACGUCUCCCAUCUCCCGCAGCCCGCCCCCCACACUACUUCUUGACACCAGCCGCGUGUCCAACUCGUGUGGUGGCCUCGUCUAUGGGGGCCCCUCAGACACCAGCUCCAGCCUCCAUUCGCAGCUCGACCACUUUGAGUCUAUGCGCCAUCCCAAGUCAGCAACGGACUGCGACGGUCUCAGUGUACCAGAGGUCAAUCACGGCAACUGCAAUGCCAUGUCUCCAGGCUGGCACACCAGGAUCAAGGAGGAGGAUUUGCAAUCACCACUCUCCGAGUUCAACCCCAAUCACUGGCCCUCUAUCAGGGAGCAACCCCAGCCUCGCAUCAGCCAGGAUGUCACUUCCAAAAUGACAUUCUUCAUGGAUUACUACAAGAUGACCAUGGCCCCCGCCAUGGUUGUUAUUGACACGCACCAUAACCCCUUCAAGAACCAUAUUCUGCAACUUGCCAGCGGUAGUCAGAGUCUGCAGCAUGCCAUCUGCGCCCUAGCAGCCUGCAACCUUCGCAUGAAGCGCAGGCUCAGUCUUGGGCAAGACACUCGCGAGCUGUAUGAGAAGCUCAUAGCCGAGAAGCGUGCUACUGAGAACGCCGGAGAUGCUCCACCUCAAGACCCUUCACACGCUGAGGAAAUCCAGCACCGCAACCUGGCCGUGCAGUUGCUCAACCAGCAGCUGAGCGACCCGGUCAAGUCGAGUCACGACUCGGUCCUGGCUACCAUCCUAAUUCUCUGCCACUACCGCAUGGCUGAGUCGGGAAUCGCCAAGUUCCACACUCAAUUUGCAGGCGUCAAGAAAAUCCUGGCCAUGAGGAGCCCACAGCAAUUUGGUGGGUCUACCAGUGAUGUCGCAUGGAUGGAGACGCUGUUUAGCUACUUUGACGCCAUCUCGGCCACGAUUAAUGAUCGCGAGGCGCAGCUGACCUCGGUUGAUGACGGCUUUGCCGCUGGCACCAUGCCUGCUGGCGCCGUCAACAUGGUCGGCUGCGACCGCGAGCUGUUCAAGACGAUUGGCAAGCUCGGUAGGCUAAACAUGCUCUCCCAGCACAGGCCAGUCCAGAACAUGGCUGGCUCCAUGCAAGCAGCGGGGGAUUCUCCGCUGGCAUCCCGUUCCAUGGGUCACGGCUACAAGAAUAGCAUCAGCAGCGUGCAGAGCCAGACUCAAGGAGCCGAAUUAUACGCCACGCCUACGAGCCAGCGCUUUGACGGCAACGGUUUCGGUACGGUACUUGAUGACGAUGAGCUCCUUACUUCGGCCAUGUCUACCUCGACCGCCUUUGAGGACCGACGGGCCCUGUUCUGGGCUGAGUGGAAAGAGGCGCGCCAAGCACUGCAGCACUGGCACUUUGAUGCCGGCGCCGUGGCCUCCGAGCUCCCUGGCGGCCCGAACCCCGGCCACCUCCGGGAUCUGGAGUCGCUGUCGGAAGCGUUCCGCUACGCUGCCAUGCUUUACACUGAGCGACUGGCCAGCCCAAGUCUGCCGUCGAGUCAUACCAACUUCCAGAACCUUGUCAGUCAGGUGGUCUACUAUGCCACAAGCCUCGAGGCGGGCAGCUCUGCCGAGAAGUUCCUGCUCUGGCCACUGUUUAUUGCGGGCUCCGAGUGCGUCAACGAGCUGCAGCAGAACAUUGUGCGCUCCAAGUGCAAAGACAUCAUGGCCCGCUCUGGCUACAUGAACAACCUCGCCGCGUUGGACGUACUUGAGCGUCUGUGGUCUGGUGAUUUCCGAAAUGGCAGUGAGCUGGGCCUGUAUGAUGGCCAGCCCAAGAUGAGUGGAGCUCGAGGCCCAUUCAACUGGUCCAAGUGCUUUGGAGGUCCAGGUGUCGGCGUCGAGUGGAUUAUGUUUUGA